UGGAGACGAAAUAAUCGAAACGGUCAGCGAUUUCAAUAAGGCAAUCAAGGCAGCAACUGCAACUGAAAAAGUCCCUGAAAAAUGUCCAGCAGCCUCUAUUGUAGUUGAAGUUGCAACUGCAGAGAAACCAAACACUGUGACUAUACUAGAACAAAUAGUAUGGACCAGCAAGGUACCCGAGAGUACAACCUCUACUGCAAAGCGAGAGGCUGAAGAACCUUGUGCCACUGAUAGUCCAGGAUCCAUAACAUCUGUACCAGCACCCAAAGAAGUGCAGACAACAUCAUCUGAGGUAACAGAAAGCAGCACAGCUGAUGAAGUCAAUCCUGAGGCAUCUGCCGUUAUUACAAGUAACCAGUUUCUUCUCGAAUAAAUUGUGAGAGUCUUUGAAGCGCCAAGCGAACAGGAGCAAAAUAUGUUAUAUUUGAUCUAUAAGAGAGAAGGGCUGAUGAAAAAGAUUUGGCGGAAACUCUCCCUGCUCAACCAAGAGGAGUUCUGUACCUACACAAUCUUCUACAACGGCGAGGCUCUCUAUGAUAACGAGAGCAUGCUGCAGCGAUGUUAUCAGCAGGUUGUGGAGAACCCAUUGGCCACUCCAUUUGCACGUGAAGCUGAACCUGUUGCGCCGCCUGUUGCACAGCAAGAGAGUGGAAAUGCCCUCGCUGGAGUUGGAUCAGCUGUCGCCAAAGAUGCUGCACUGGAAAGAUCUAAUGCUGCACACAGAUUUCGAUGCAAUUGUUCAGCAGCACUACGAGGAUUGUAAUGGUAGGCAGAUCGAGGAUCGAGGAAUUGUUGUUCCACGAACGUGAGAAGUUUUAUCAGAGCUGCUGGACGCUUGAUUAAUGGAUACGCCAAGUACCGCGCAUCACGAAUGCAGCACUAAACGAGGAAAUCUUUGCUGAUGCUACACCCACACCAUGUGUUUUGUGGAAUUGGAGGAAGUGGGUCCGCUUAUGCAGAGCCAGCAGGUCAAGCAGCAGACGAUCAGGUUUCCGGACAAGAUGCGCGGCAGCUGCCUCAACAGCGAGGAGUUCCAGUGGGAGCAAAUCCAGACGGAAGACCAAGUUAUAAACUUGGCUGCCAGUCACGAGACACUGUCGAACGUGACCUGUUUUGCCAUUCCCAAAGCGACAGUGAAUCCGGCAUCGAAUGCAGAGACGCUGCUUCAGUAGUAGUACCAGAGACGCAGGAGCGCUCUACGGGCAACACUCCUCUAGCAUCCUCUCAGCGGGACGCUCUCUUGAAUUCUACGAACAUAACAAUACGCAAGGUAAAUGAAGAUGUGACUGUGACAAUUAGUGACAAGAUCAGCGGCAAGGGACCACUGCUCGUGCUGCAGAACUGCGCCAUCUUUUGCAAAGUGGAGCGAAAUAAUAAUAGAAAAACAAUUUUGAACUCAAAAAGUUCAGUUGAGUAAUUAUUUCAAAGUACACGGGGAAUAUUGUAUUGUACUUGAU